GUUAAAUCAAAGAAACUCUCCAAAUAGCCUCCAACGCUUUUAUCAAAGCUUAUUCAUGCAAACGCAACAAAGAAUGGCCCAAUGCCCAGGAUGUUCCAUUCCCCGAGCAGCUUCCGCCGGGUCUGCCGGGCCGUGACGGGAAUUUCUAUCGAGAGCCUAAAAUCGAUCCGAAGGUGGGGCACCGUUACAGUGGAUAGCAUUUGUCCUUCAGGGCUCCGAUCAGGGCAUGCCGGAGACGGCGACAUAUGCCCGCAGAGUCACACGGUAAGAGGUCUAGAGCUCGCCGGGCUGACCACCUCUGUCCGAUGUCCAACGGUGAAUCUGACGUGAUUUCUUCGCCACUUCAAUCGACCAUGCCGGCCCAGGCCUCAAGAGCAGUUGCCCGACAACUUUGCAUCGCUGGUCGACAUCAACAACCUUUACGCUUGUCGUUCAGAACCCCGGUGGUUCUUUCGUCCGUUCGACAGUCCUGUGGUUUCUCGUCAACAACACCCUUCAAGAUGGGCCAGUCAGAUGUGCAAAAUGCCUGGAUUGGCAGCGCCGGCCCGGGAGCCUUUGAUCUCCGCAGUGAUACCAUGACAACUCCCACGGCGUCCAUGCUUGCCGCUAUCCAGUCCUGCUCUCUGCUCGACGAUGUCACACAAGAAGAUCCCACCACCAGCGACCUUGAGGCCCACUGCGCUGCUUUGUGCGGCAAGGAGGCCGGCCUCCUCGUUUUGUCAGGCACUAUGGGCAAUCAGCUAGCUAUGAGGUCCUUGCUCACCCAACCGCCUCACGGUGUGCUCUGCGAUGCCCGCUGCCACAUUGUAAAAUAUGAGGCUGGAGGUGUCUCAUCUCUAACGGGCGCCAUGCUCAAGCCUGUCAUGCCUAGUAACGGCGUCUACCUUACCCUCGAAGACGUCAAGGCCAACAUUCAUCUCGAUGACGACGUGCACACUUGCCCGACUCGUGUGAUUGAGCUCGAGAACACACUCAACGGCAUGAUCAUGCCGCUCUCCGAGGUACGCCGCAUCUCCGCCUUUGCUCGCGAGCAUGGGAUCAAGAUGCACUGCGACGGCGCGCGCUUGUGGGAGGCGGUGGCCUCUGGUGCUGGAAGCCUUGCCGAAUUUGCCAAGUGCUUUGACACAAUCAGCCUAUGCUUCUCUAAGGGCCUUGGAGCACCCAUUGGCAGCAUGCUGGUAGGCCCCAAGGACGUGAUCAAGCAUGCCCGGUGGGUAAGAAAGUCGAUUGGCGGUGGACUAAGACAGUCGGGCGUGGUGGCGGCUGCUGCGAGGGUUGCCGUUGACGAAACGUUUGGCAAGGGGCCCAGUGGCGAAGGCGGCAAGUUGAAGGGAGCGCAUAUUUUGGCCAAGGAGAUCGAGAGGAUAUGGACGGGCUUGGGCGGCAAGGUUCUUCAUCCUGUCGACACCAACAUGGUGUGGCUCGAUUUGAACGAUGCGAAGUGCUCGGUGGAGAGGAUCAAUGAGCUCGGCAAAGAAUCGGGACUCAAGUUAUGGGCACCUCGCUUGGUCAUCAGCUACCAGGUUUUUGAAAACCGUGAUCGUGUAAUACCCAAGCUGGAGAGCAUCUUCGAGACGAUCAUGCAGGAGAAGACAACAAAGACGGGAGAAGGUUUUCAGAAGGCUGAUGGAGAGAUAUCGCAAUAUCGGAGCAAAUAGAGUACUACGUAAUAGCCUCUUGCGAUGUCUUUUGGAUUUACCUAAUCCAAGAGUCUAAGUCUUACCGUGAACCCCCGGCCCGUUCUCUACAUCCAUAAAAGGGCCGAAAAAAAAAAAACGCUCUUGACUAAGAGGUGUGGGC